CUUUUUCUCCCUCUCUCGGUUCACAUUCUCGGAAAUCUCCCCACUUUUCCCGGACUAACCCCCACCGACAACUCAAAAUGGGUCGUAUGCACGCUCCCGGAAAGGGUAUCGCCUCUUCGGCUCUCCCCUACCGUCGCUCCCCCCCGUCGUGGUUGAAGACCAACCCCGAGGAGGUCAUUGAGCACAUUGGCAAGUUCGCCAAGAAGGGUUUGACCCCGUCCCAGAUUGGUGUUAUCUUGAGGGACCAGCACGGUAUCGCCCAGGUCCGCAACGUGACCGGUAACAAGAUCCUCCGUAUCUUGAAGUCCAACGGUCUCGCCCCCGAGAUCCCCGAGGACCUUUACCACUUGAUCAAGAAGGCCGUUGCUAUCCGCAAGCACUUGGAGCGUAACCGCAAGGACGCCGACGCCAAGUUCCGUCUCAUUCUUGUCGAGUCCCGUGUCCACCGUCUUGCUCGUUACUACAAGAAGUCUGGUCAGCUCGCGCCUAACUGGAAGUACGAGUCCGCCACUGCUUCCACCCUUGUUGCUUAAGUUGCUCAAGCGUGCCUUUUCGCCUGCUCGGAUCCCGCUGUACACUGGGAGUUCAAUUCAAGUGCGCAGGGAUCGUUGGGAGGGUUUUUCUGUUGUAUUUGUACCUUUGUGCAGAAUGAGUCUACCCUGUCGUUUGGUUGAUCUGAGCGUGGGGAUGAACGAGAUGUUUGAAAACAAAUACACAUUUUGACAUGAAACCGAAGUAUUGGUUGUGCUGUGUACCCUGUUCGCUUUUCUGCUUUGCU